AUGUCCACAAUCCACUUACUGAAGCACACUCCAGCUACAGCAGCCUCUACUGCCACUGACCAAAAUGCACAAACUCCAUUUUCCAGCGGACCCCUAGACUCCAAGGACCAGAUCAGGGUCCUAGGCGGCGGGCAGACCAAUCACUGCAUGGCCCACGCCAAGCACCCCAGGAUGGGCGAGGCGGGCACCAGCUCAGGCAGCCUCAGCCCCUGCGCCCCCUCAUCACCCCUCAAUAGCGAGGAGGACGACGGAGGGGGCGGGCGGCGGGCAAAGAAGAAGAAGAAACGAAAGAAAAAAGACAAGAGGGGCGAGCCUGGCGCCGCCUGGCAGCACAAGGGCUCAGAGAAGGACACCAAACCAAAGAAAACGAGGGAGCAGAAAGAAGGGAAGGAGCUGCUGCCACGCAAGUCCAAGGCGCCCAAGAAGUUGAAGGAGGUCAAGGUGAAGGAGGUGAAGUCACCGAAAGAGACACCAAAAGAGGUGAAGAGAGGGAGGAAACCCAAGGUCCAGGUGCAGGCCCUGCCCCUGCCCAAGCCCCCUGCAGAAUGCAAGAGUGCACCAUCUCCUCCCAGGCAGAGGGGUCGCAAACCCAGGUGAGGGGCUUUUUACCACUUGUGCUUUUGUUUGUCGAAUGAUGGGUCACAACCAGGUUCUCUUGGAUGGGUUGCUGUUAAAGACUUGGUUGUAUUUAGUAAGAGACAUGGUUGUAUUUUUCUAGUGGGGCAUAAUACAAUUCAAUUAAUUUAGGUGGGUUAUAACUCAAUGGUUGGAAGUCAGACUCACUACUGCAGUUGAAGAGAUGUUAGGUUUUUCCCAAAGGGGAGAUUUUCCAGGUUGUACCAUGUCCUUGAACCUUUGUGUUAGGUGAUGUAGUCGUGGGAGUUGGGAGAUAAUAUUCAUCCGGUGCUAAUAUUUAGCAAAAUUCUGUUGUCUGGUUUGCAUUUCCUCAGCAGUGUGGGGGGCAUUUUCCUAAUCACUCUGCAGGAUGGACGGAUUUGAGAUAUGAAUACUGUGGGCAACCUUUUUUAAACCUAUGCACUCUUAUCUACGUUCCAAAAAGAUGACGUUGGGGGGAAAAAAACAUAGCCAUGAAAACAAAAUUGCCCACUCAUCCAGCUGUGUGGUAUUCUCUGCUAGUAUACCUGCCGAGAUUUGAGGAGGUAAGGCAAUAAACACACAUUGCAGGCGUGACCCCCUGAUCAAUUGAGUACAGAUUACAAACAUUCCCUAGUUCCAACCAUAGGAAAAAAUAUAUUAGAACAGACAUUCUCUAGUACUUCUAUUUCUAUGGUGCCAACCCUGCUGUGCCUCUACAGAGAGCAAGUCCUCCAAGGGCCGGUACCAGUGGAGAAGAAGAAAAAGGGCAAGAGGAAAAGCGUGGCUGUCCUCCAGGAGGCUGGAGAGAGCGAUGACGCGGCCUCCCUGUCCGCGCUGGUCGUGGGGGGAGAGGAGAGCAUCGACUCCCUUGACAACACGGUGAGGAACUGACUGACAGCAUGAGGGCUGGGGGAAGGGCAGGAUAGGCUGAGUGACACUUGCUUCUCUAAAACCUCACCAUUAAGAUGUUUUUUAUGUAGUAGUGUACAUUAGUAUAGCUGUGUGUGUGUAUAAUUAAUGUGUAGCCUAUACUAUAUUCUUAGAUUCAUGUCGAUUUUCAGUUUACUUGAAAGCGGUGGUUUGUUUAACACCACAAUCUACGUACUUAUCAUGCUGACAUUCCCAAGGAACACGUUUUUAUCAGUAUAAAGAAUGUAUCUACACACAGUAGAUAUUGCUUGAAUCGAAUGCACUUAGUGUAAACCAAAUGUGUUUACACUAAGUUAACCCAAACCGCUCCUUCAACCCCCUUCUCUCUUUUUCUCUGGUAGAAGCGGCGCUCGGGGCGACAGGUGAAGCGCAGAAAGUACAACGAGGACCUGGACUUCAAGGUGGUAGAUGACGAUGGGGAGACCAUCGCCGUGCUGGGGACGGGCCGUAUCCCUGCCCUCAACGCUGCCACUCUCGCCUGGCAGGCUGAGGUAGCAAUCUUGUUCUUUCUCUUUGUCUUUGGCCGUGUCCGAAUACUCGUACUAACGUCCUAGUAGGCUUUUUGGAUAUGCCAGAGUAGAAGGUUUUAUGUGAAAUUACGAAAAAUGAGUUCCAGGAUGUCAUACUCAUUUAGACGUUUCAUCAAGUAUGAAUUCGCUGCACUAUUGAGGAAGAGAAUCGUCUUUUCAGGCACACGUGUGUUUGACAACAGCUGAUUAUCAGAUAAGGGAACGGGCUGUACCAAAAUGAAUGAAUGGCAGGGAACAACCCAAUUGCGCGUUAGAUGAUGACUUCUCAUUAUGGAUGAGUGAAUGUUUGUUGCUUUCUUCAGUGGUUCUUAAACCAGUCCUCAGGGACGCCCAGCCAUUCCAUGUAUUUGAUCUAUUCCAGAGCUAGCACACCUGAUUGAACUUGCCAACUAAUGAUCAAGCCCUUGAUGAGGUAGUUCAGGGGGUCCCCGAGGAGAAGUUUGAGAACCACUAGCUUACUGCAUACGAUUUUACUAAAUAGUAUUUAGUAUGGUUUAUACAUUUCGUAAGUAGUUGGCUACAAAGAUUUUGGACACCGCCAUAGUUUCUCCUCUCCCCCUCUCUCUGCUGUGCCCAACCUCUGUCCCACUCAGUAAGGCCAACCACACUCUUACCCUGCGUGAGUAAACCCCUCUCUCCCCUCUCCCCCUGUCACAGGAGCCCCCUGAAGAUGAGGCAAACAUCAUUGAGAAAAUCCUGUCGGUUCGAACUGUGAAGAAAGAGGUACACCGCCCGACACACACACGUUUCCCGUAUCAUUUUGUUUCAGCAGUGGAUGCCAAGAUUUAUUUUGUUGAACGACUGAGAAGUUCACUUUUUCAAAAUUACAUUCUACUCCGAAGAGCAUGAACAUGUGUUCUCUUCCUUUGAAACACGUGGAAAUCGUGGACAGUUUAAUUGUAUCUCUUGAGCUCAAUGACAUCACUAGCCAAUUAUACUGUAUAUUAACCCAAAAAAUAAUGUAUCUAGCGUAACUUUACUAUAUCUUAGCUAACAAUUAUUACAUACAUCUAUUGAUAAGGUUGGCUACACUUCCAGGAUUACAAGCUAGCUAGAUACCUUAGAGGCUUCUCAGAUGAUCUGAUGAGAAUCUGAGGAAGAUAUGUACCUUGUCAGAAAGCCAUAUCUCAGACUGGCCAAUAAAAAGAAAAGAAAAGAUUAAGAUGGGCAGUCUGAGAUAUGGCUUUUUCUUUGCAACUCUGCCUAGAAGGUCAGCAUCCCGGAGUCGCCUCUUCACUGUUGACGUUGACUGGUGUUUUGCGGGUACUAUUUAAUGAAGCUGCCAGUUGAGGACCUGUGACACGCCUGUUUCUCAAACUAGAUGUCUACACUGUACUUCUGAUCAAUUUGAUGUUAUCUUAAUGAACAAAAGCAAAUUUUUUAUUUCGAAAACAAGAACAUUUAUAAGUGGACCCCAAACUUUUGAACGGUAGUGUAUGUAUGUACAGUGGGGAGAACAAGUAUUUGAUACACUGCCGAUUUUGCAGGUUUUCCUACUUACAAAACAUGUAGAGGUCUGUAAUUUUUAUCAUAGGUACACUUCAACUGUGAGAGACGGAAUCUAAAACAAAAAUCCAGAAAAUCACAUUGUAUGAUUUUUAAGUAAUUAAUUUGCAUUUUAUUGCAUGACAUAAGUAUUUGAUACAUCAGAAAAGCAGAACAUAAUAUUUGGUACAGAAACCUUUGUUUGCAAUUACAGAGAUCAUACGUUUCCUGUAGGUCUUGACCAGGUUUGCACACACUGCAGCAGGGAUUUUGGCCCACUCCUCCAUACAGACCUUCUCCAGAUCCUUCAGGUUUCGGGGCUGUCGCUGGGCAAUACGGACUUUCAGCUUCCUCCAAAGAUUUUCUAUUGGGUUCAGGUCUGGAGACUGGCUAGGCCACUCCAGGACCUUGAGAUGCUUCUUACGGAGCCACUCCUUAGAUGCCCUGGCUGUGUGUUGCGGGUCGUUGUCAUGCUGGAAGACCCAGCCACGACCCAUCUUCAAUGCUCUUACUGAGGGAAGGAGGUUGUUGGCCAAGAUCUCGCGAUACAUGGCCCCAUCCAUCCUCCCCUCAAUACGGUGCAGUCGUCCUGUCCCCUUUGCAGAAAAGCAUCCCCAAAGAAUGAUGUUUCCACCUCCAUACUUCACGGUUGGGAUGGUGUUCUUGGGGUUGUACUCAUCCUUCUUCUUCCUCCAAACACGGCGAGUGGAGUUUAGACCAAAAAGCUAUAUUUUUGUCUCAUCAGACCACAUGACCUUCUCCCAUUCCUCCUCUGGAUCAUCCAGAUGGUCAUUGGCAAACUUCAGACGGGCCUGGACAUGCGCUGGCUUGAGCAGGAGGACCUUGAGUGCGCUGCAGGAUUUUAAUCCAUGACGGCGUAGUGUGUUACUAAUGGUUUUCUUUGAGACUGGUCCCAGCUCUCUUCAGGUCAUUAACCAGGUCCUGCCGUGUAGUUCUGGGCUGAUCCCUCACCUUCCUCAUGAUCAUUGAUUCCCCACGAGGUGAGAUCUUGCAUGGAGCCCCAGACCGAGGAUGAUUGACCGUCAUCUUGAACUUCUUCCAUUUUCUAAUAAUUGCGCCAACAAUUGUUGCCUUCUCACCAAGCUGCUUGCCUAUUGUCCUGUAGCCCAUCCCAGCCUUGUGCAGGUCUACAAUUUUAUCCCUGAUGUCCUUACACAGCUCUCUGGUCUUGGCCAUUGUGGAGAGGUUGGAGUCUGUUUGAUUGAGUGUGUGGACAGGUGUCUUUUAUACAGGUAACGAGUUCAAACAGGUGCAGUUAAUACAGGUAAUGAGUGGAGAACAGGAGGGCUUCUUAAAGAAAAACUAACAGGUCUGUGAGAGCCGGAAUUCUUACUGGUUGGUAGGUGAUCAAAUACUUAUGUCAUGCAAUAAAAUCCAAAUGAAUUACUUAAAAAUCAUACAAUGUGAUUUUCUGGAUUUUUAGAUUCCGUCUCUCACAGUUGAAGUGUACCUAUGAUAAAAAUUACAGACCUCUACAUGCUUUGUAAGUAGGAAAACCUGCAAAAUCGGCAGUGUAUCAAAUACUUGUUCUCCCCACUGUAUAUACAUUUACAUUUAAGUCAUUUAAGACGCUCUACACACACACUCUUAACAACAAGGUCUCUGUGGAUUAGCGAUUUAUUUGAUACAUUUUUUCUCCUUUUUUUCUCUUCUUUCCAGGCAUCCCCUGAGGAGACACCGGAGGAGUCGGAGGAGUUCUAUGUCAAGUACAGAAAUUUGUAAGUGUGCUUAGCAAGGUGGAAGGUGACAGUGACUCUUUGAUAACAGACGUUCUGUAGCAUCAAAUAGUCCGAUUCCUUUGAAGAAUUCUUAUGAUGUUAUAGCUCUCGAGAGGUUUUCAAAGCUGCGCCCAAUCAAAAGGAGGAUUUUCUCAUUUUGUUUAUCUAUGUUCUACAAUGUAUUUCCAUGUUCUUAAAACCGUCAUAUGUUGUUACGAUACUAUGACCUUGUGGGAUUGCUUCUUAAAUGGUGGGAUUAGGUUAAUUUAGUGCAUUGUGCACACACUACUUGAGAUGCUUGGAUAAACACUUCAGUCGAAGGUUAAUGUAUCCCCUUUUCCCCUUGAGUAUAUAACUUGAACCCCCCCUUCUACUCUUGCUCACAGCUCCUACCUGCAUUGUAAAUGGGCGACUUUAGAGGAUUUGGAGAAGGAUCCUCGCAUACACCAAAAAAUCAAGCGCUUCAGGACUAAGCAGGCCCAAAUGAAGCACAUAUUUGUUGAGGUGAGGCUGCUCCCAUCUUUCUAACAUUUUUGGGGGAUAUUUCAUGAUUUUAUGUUUCUAUAUAAAAAUGUACUGUUGGCUACUCUGGGACAGUGUUUUUUAUUUGUAGUGAUGUACAUUUGUACUUUGCAUGAAACAUUUAUAGCUAUGUAAAGUAUCACAUUAAACACAUUUAUAUUGAUUGAUGUCUACUCCUCCAUGUAGCCUGAUGAAGACCUCUUUAACCCUGACUACAUAGAGGUGGACCGAGUUCUGGAGGUGGCCAUCACUACAGACACAGAGACAGGAGAGGUGAGACAGGGAAAGGCAGUUACUCACCACCAGUGACCUUUUUUAUGCAAGUGUGUGUGUGCGCAUUUGCUUCAGUCAGUGUAUCUGACUCACUGGCUACAUUCUGUAUGUUUGCGUGUCUGACUGACUCAUUGACUGACUGUCACUCUAUCUGUGUGUGUGUGUGUGUGUGUGCGUGUGUAUGUUUACAGGAGGUGACACACUACCUAGUGAAGUGGUGCUCCCUGUCCUAUGAGGAGGCUACAUGGGAGCUUCAGGAAGACGUGGACCCGGGGAAGAUUCGGGAGUUCGAGGAGAUCAAGAGAAUCCCUGGAUACAAAUUUGUGGUGAGUGUAAAUAGAAAGUCACUCCUCUAAUCUAUAGAAUGUAUACUUUUUAAAAUAUUCUGGAUUAUUGUUUGGUAUUAGUGCACUGUUGGAGCUAGAAACACAAACAUUUCGCUGCACCUGCGAUAGCAUCUGCAAAUCUGUACACGACCAAUACACUUUGAUUUGACUUGUUUAAAAAUGUAAAUAACAAUCAGGAAUGUGUCUGAAUUGGGUGUUCUGUUGUUGAAGAGUUGCUUGUGAGCUGUCUGUGUGAUUGGUAGGGUGUUCUGUGUGUGUGUGUGUGUGGGGGGGGGGCAUGUUUGUGCACAGUGCGUGUACUGGUCGAGUCGACCUCUGGUCGAGUCGACCUCUGUGUGUGUGUGUGUGUUGCUCUUAUUUGAGAUGGACAGUCAUCCCUGUGUGUGUGUGUGUGCACGCGCACUCUGAGCAGGAGAGACCUCAGUCAGACAAGUGGCAGAAGCUGGACAAGUCCAAAGACUACCGAAAUGGGAAUCAGCUGAGAGAGUACCAGCUGGAAGGCAUGAACUGGCUGCUCUUCAACUGGUACAACAGGUAGGACACCUAUCCCCCCCCCCUCCUCCUCCCCCAAAUCUUCCCUGUGGGAAUAUGUAUAGGAGACUUACUGCCCUACUGCCUUAAAGGGAUACUUUUGGAUUUUGGCUUCCCCAGAGUCAGAUGAACUCAUGGAGACCAUGUUUAUGUCUCUGCAUCCAGUAUGAAGGAAGUUAGAGGUAGUUUUGUGAGCGCAAUGACUAGAGCUGUGUUCGAAUACUCAUACUAACCGCACUAACCAUACUAUUGGUGAUGUAAAUUGAAUGUGUAGAAUGCAUAUUGGUCAUAGUGUGGAUAUAGAUAGUAUGCCAAAAGUUCCCGGAUGUCGUACUAAAUUCGCCAAAAUACGAAGUAUACAAGCAGUGGACACUAUUUCCGUGCUUUUAAGGCCCAGAAAAUGGGCGUUGCUUCACAACGUUUUAAGAUUUGAAGAAAAUGGCGGAAAAUAUGCAGCCAAAGUCCGACGAGAGCGGAUACAAAUUAAUUUCUUUAACUAAUUAUGAGAAAUGUAAAGGCAAUGUAAUAAAGUAAUGACUUUUUAAAUAAGUUACGUUACGUUGGCUGACAAUUUGUUAGCGACGCUAUCCUUACGAACCGCAUACUAAAUACAUCGAACUUGCCAGUAUAUUAACAAACUAUCUAACUAACUACCCAAUGUUUAUUGACUUGAUUAUUCACGUCAUUCUUAGCUAAUUGGUAUAGUCGAGAUUGUUAAUUCGCUCUGGCUAUCUACUCCGAUUUCAGAACACUCUCGUCUGAGUGUGCCAGAGUGCAGAAUAACUGAUGAAUUUACGAACGCUCAACACCCGUUGAAUAUGGCCGGUGUCAGUAAACGUCGGCAAAAAAACGUAAUUAAAUUGUUGCCAGCAGCACAGUUAGUCACCAACGCUCUGGAUAACAUGAAAACAGCCUAACCAGCUCUGCUAGGGCGAGUAAAAUGGUCAGAGUGAGGUGUUCUCUCACUUGUCUCUGGAAGUAGCUAGCAAGCUAGACAACAUUAGGCAGUUAGCUUGGGUGCUUGACUGCCGUUGUGAGGUCAGUGUGUGCUCUAAACACUCCGAGAGCGAAACGCUCUGAAUUUACGAACGGACAAUCUGACAACGAAAUCGUAAGAUGUCUAGCUAGUAAUUUGUUAUGCUAACAAGCUAGCAAGAGGUUGCAUAGCAGCAGCAUCAACUUCCGGUAGACAGGCGAAGCGCUAGUACGCUCAACUGAAAGGAUACUGUUCGUUUACAGUGAACUAAUAGUAUAAAGUAUGUAGUAUAUGCUCAUUAAGUAUGUAGUAUGGGUAUUCGAACACAGCUUAGAUGUCUAUGGUAUCUAAUAGCAUGCUAGCAGUUACCAUAGACUUCCAGUCAUUGCGCUAACGCUAGCUAACAACUUCCUUCAAACUGCACGCAGACACAUAAAAAUGGUAUCCACAAGUUAAUCUGACCCUGGGGAAGUAAAUAAUCCUGAAGUGUCACUUUUAAGUAGUAAUUCACCACUAGACACUUCAUGUAGAUACAUAAUCUGAUGGGUACACUACUGGCCCCAGUGUACCCAAUUGUCAUACUUGAGUAAAAGUAAAGAUACCUUAAUAGAAAAUGACUCCAGUAAAAGUGAGUCACCCAGUAAAAUACUACUUAAGUAUAUUUAAAACCACAUUUUUACUCCAUACAUUUUCCCUGACACCCAAAAGUACUCGUUACAUUUUGAAUUCUUAGCAGGACAGGAAAAUGGUCCAAUUCGCACACUUAUCAAGAGAACAUCCCUGGUCAUCCCUAGUGCCUCUGAUAUGGCAGACUCACUAAACACACAUGCGUCGUUUGUAAAUGAUGUGAGUGUUGGAGUGUGCCCCUUGCUAUCCGUAAAUAAAUAAAAAACAAGAAAAUGGUGACGUCUGGUUUGCUUAAUAUAAGGAAUUUGAAAUGAUUUUUACUUUUGAUACUUAAGUAUAUUUGAGCAAUUACAUUUACUUUUGAUACUUAAGUAUAUUUAAAACAAAAUACUUUUUUCUUUUUUUUACGGAUAGCCAGGGGCACACUCCAACAAAAAGGGACUUAAGUAGUAUUUUUACUUAAGUACUUUACACCACUGACUGGCCCUGAAUAAAAUAACUUUUACUGCCCGGAACUGUAUGUCUUAGGAGUUGUUUUGUUUUAACCAUAUUGCCUACACCCGUCUGAUCCUUUUCAAUCUAUGAAAAGUGUCUAAGAACCUGGAGUGGAUUUCACGACUCAAAGAAAGGCUACAGCUGCUUCUCUGGUAGUGUAACGGAAUGUCAUGUUGGAUUUUUCUCAUGAUGAACACAAAUCAGAUCAAAUCUUCAAAUGCAGAGAAAUUGGUGUGUUUGGGCAGUUGUGUUGGAGUAUAAUUUUUAUGACAGAUUUGAGUAGCUCGUUCAAAGUAAUUGCCGGGUAUCGCUCUUGUUUUGUUGUUUAUCCACUCUGAUGGAAAAUACAGUGGUGUCGCAUCCCUUGUUCACAUCAAAAUCACAACUGGUUUGUUGUGCCCAGAAAUAAAUAACACAUAAUGAAACCAGGCAAGAUCAAAAGGCGAGAUCAGGUGUUCAAAUUAACCAAGUAUUUAUGGUACACUGAUAUCAAACAAUAUUUCCUUGACUGGGAAGUCUUCGCGUACAGCCAGUCUUUCCGCUAAGUUAGCGCUAACGCAAGUUAGCAUUGGCUCACAAAACUACCUCUAACAUCCUUCAUACUGGACGCAGAGACAUAAAAAUGGUAUCCACGAGUUCAUCUGACUCUGGGGAUGUAGAUUAUUGAUCAUUGUCAAAAUCCCGAAGUAUCCCUUUAAUCUGUCAAGGCUGAGGGAGGGGAAGAAAUAUUUUGUUGUGGUGGACUAACUUUAAACUGCUAACUUGUGAAAUAUUUGCAUUGAAAACAUUGUUAGAUACCGACAUGUUGUCAUUCAGUGCAUCGUGUGCCGCUUGGAUUGUAAACAGGUGGGUUCUUUGGAAUGGGAGGGGCUGGGGACUGGCUUUGGCAGAGGCUUUAUGAGGAUUGUUACUUAAAUGUUACUUCCGCUCAGAACAUAUUUGAAAACCUUAGCCCCCACAAUCAAACUGAGUUAGCUGGACAGCACAUGUGAGAUUUGGUUCUAGGUUCCGAGACUACCUUUUACUCGCCCUCUAUGGUAAAGGUCACCCCCCACACCUUUUUGUCUUUUUUGAUUAUUAUUUUUAAUUGUGUUUGAUACCACUGUGUUUCCCGCAUCUUCCUGUUUGACACCACGGUUUUCCCACCUCUUCCCAUACAGGAAGAACUGCAUCCUGGCUGACGAGAUGGGCCUGGGGAAAACAAUCCAGUCCAUCACCUUCCUCUUCGAGAUGUUCUCCCUGGGCCUGCGGGGGCCCUUCCUCAUCAUCGCCCCCCUCUCCACCAUCACCAAUUGGGAGAGGGAGUUCCGCAACUGGACGGAGAUCAAUGUCAUCGUCUACCAUGGCAGCCAGAUCAGCCGCCAGAUGAUCCAUCAGUACGAGAUGUACCACAAGGACCAGCAGGUGAGCCAACAUGGUGUGUGUGUAAGGGUAUGUGUGAGUGCAGGGGUUAAAGCUUUCUGUCAUAUGGAUUAAGCCUAUUUAUUUAAAGAUGCUAUGCUGCAUCUGUUAGCCUACAGGUAAUAAUGAUUUUAAAGGGACAAUUAUAUUUCGGAUGGUGUCAACAAUUUUAUUUUAAUACAUUUUGGAGUAGAAUAUCCUUUUCAAAAAAGUCUGACCAAUUCCAGUCCUUGUCAAUAUUAAAAAAUCAAAUAAAAAAUAAGAUUCCAUAUGACGGAAAUACGUUGCAGUGAUGGAGAACUUUAACCCCUGGGUUGCCCAUCUGGAUUUACCUCAUUGAACAACCCCAAAAGACUGAAUGCAUCAAGUGCUACAAAUAUAUGUUUUAACUUGUCACUGAUCUUAAAAGCGUGUCUUGCUUUUGUUUCCUUUUUUUAAUCAGAUUUUUAGGGGCGCCACUACUAAUUAAUAUAGGGCAAACACUGAUGUAUGUUUCAAUCUACACAGGAUAUGCAGAUAUGCUGUGUGUUUUUGUAUGAGCCUAGAUGUGUCAAACAGAAGCUGUGUGUAUGUAUGAAUCUUCAGAAGACAAAAGGGUGAGCCAUUGCUUGUCUGCUGGAUAUACUGUAUGUCUUAAGGCCUAGAUAUACUAUGUUUAUACAGCCUUUCUAUGUGCAGUAUAGGGACAUUAGAGAGGGCAGCGGGGCCUUGCUACAAGUAUCUCUGGAAAUGUGGUUCCAUGGUACUGACAAUAUCUGUACGUCAUGCAUCAAGUGGGUUUGAGGAACUCAUGUUGAGGAAGUAGAAUCUCAAGGUAAAGAAUACUGAACAAAAAUAUAAAUGCAAAAUCUAAUGUGUUGGUCCCAUGUUUCAUGAGCUGAAAUAAAAGAUCCCAGAAAUGUUCCAUACGCACAAAAAGCGUUUCUGUCAUUUUGGGCACAAAUUAGUUUACAUCCCUGUUAGUGAGCAUUUCUCCUUUGCCAAGAUAAUCCAACAGGUGCACCUUGUGCUGGGGAGAAUAAAAGGCCACUGUAAAAUGUGCAGUUUUGUCACAACACAAUGCUACAGAUGUCUCAAGUUUUGAGGGAGUGUGCAAUUGGCAUGCUGACUGCAGGAAUGUCCACCAGAGCUGUUGCCAGAUAAUUGAAUGUUCAUUUCUCUACCAUAAGCUGCCUCCAAUGUCAUUUUAAAGAAUUUGGCAAAAUGUCCAACCGGCCUCAAAACCGCAGAACACGUGUAACCACGCCAGCCCAGGACCUCCACAUCCGGCUUCUUCACCUGCGGGAUUGUCUGAGAACAGCCAUCCGGACAGCUAAUGGAAAUGUGGGUUUGCACAACCGAAUAAUUUCUGCACAAAAAUCGUCUCAGGGAAGCUCAUCUUCGUGCUCGUUGUCCUCACCAGGAUCUUGACCUGAUUGCAGUUCGCGUCGGAACCGACAUCAGUGCGCAAAUGCUCACCUUCGAUGGCCACUAGCACGCUGGAGCAUUGUGCUCUUCACGGAUGAAUCCCGGUUUCAACUAUCAUGGGCAUAUUGCAGACAGCGUAUGGCGUUGUGUGGGUGAGUGUUUUUGCUGAUGUCAACGUUGUGAACAGAGUGCCCCAUGGUGGCGGUGGGGUUUUGGUAUAGGCAGGCAUAAGCUACAGACAACAAACACAAUUGCAUUUUAUCGAUGGCAAUUUGAAUGCACAGAGACACUAUGACGAGAUCCUGAGGCCCAUUGUCGUGCCAAUCAUCCGCCACCAUCACCUCAUGGUUCAGAAUGAUAGUGCACGGCCCCAUGUCGCAAGGAUCUGUACACAAUUCCUGGAAGCUGAAAAUAUCCCAGUUCUUCCAUUACAUUUACAUUUUAGUCAUUUAGCAGACGCUCAUAUCCAGAGCGACUUACAGAGUGCAUACAUUAUUUGUAUUUUUUUCAUACUGGCCCCCCGUGGGAAAUGAACCCACAACCCUGGCGUUGCAAACGCCAUGCUCUACCAACUGAGCUACAUCCCUGACGGCCAUUCCCUCCCCUACCCUGGACGACGCAGGGCCAAUUAUGCGCCGCCCCAUGGGUCUUCCGGUCGCGGCCGGCUACGACAGAGCCUGGAUGGCCUGCAUACUCGCCAGACAUGUCACCCAUUGAGCAUGUUUGGGAUGCUCUGGAUCGGCGUGUACUACAGCGUGUUCCAGUUCCCGCCAAUAUUCAGCAACUUCGCACAGCUAUUGAAGAAGAGUGGGACAACAUUCCACAGGCCACAAUCAACAGCCUGAUCUACUCUAUGCAAAGGAGAUGUCACGCUGCAUGAGUCAAAUGGUGGUCACACCAAAUACUGACUGGUUUUCUGAUCCACGCCCCUCCUUUUUUUUUUUUAAGUUAUCUGUGACCAACAGAUGCAUAUCUGUAUUCCCAGUCAUGUGAAAUCCAUAGAUUAGGGCCUUCUGAAUGUAUUUCAGUUGACUAAUUUCCUUAUAUGAGCUGUAACUCAGUAAAAUCUUGGAAAUUGUUGCAUGUUGCAUUUAUAUUUUUGUUCAGUGUUUUUGACGUAUGUCCUUAGAAUGAAUGAGAGCUUUAAUGGAGGCGCAAUGCCCCUGACCCACUUCCAGUUUAGGGCUGAAUACAUUUUACCUGAAUGUUUUCCUGGGGUGAAGGAGACACGCAGAGUGCCAUUUGGCAGCAAGCAUAUUUGCAAGUUGGUUUCUUGUCUUCUAAUGUUACAAGAUAUUCAAAUGAGUUAUAAUAUAAUAAUAAUAUAAUAUGCCAUUUAGCAGACGCUUUUAUCCAAAGCGACUUACAGUCAUGCGUGCAUACAUUUUUUUUUUUGUGUAUGGGUGGUCCCGGGGAUCGAACCCACUACCUUGGCGUUACAAGCGCCGUGCUCUACCAGCUGAGCUACAGAGGAGUUCUAAUAUCAACGCUGCAAGAUGUGAGGAUUUCACACGAACGACUUCACCGUUUCGAUAUUUGAUCGGGAGGACAGCAAUUGUUGACACGGCAUUGUUUUGAAUUUAACAUGGUAGGAUUAAAUUGAUUUAGGACCAGAACUCCCUGAGGACAACUUCCCCGUUUUUCAUCCAAUUGUUAAAGCAGUGUUUAAAGAAUUGCUCUAAAAAGUGUGUUAAAGAAGUGUUCAAAGUAUCAAUUAUUUCCUUUUCUUCCACCUUUUAUUAUCUUUAAAAAAUAUAUUUGUAAACAGGGAAACAUAGUGUCGGGCGGGUACAAGUUCCACGGGGUGAUCACCACCUUUGAGAUGAUCAUGGCCGACUGUCCAGAGCUGAAGAAGAUCCACUGGCGCUGCGUGGUCAUCGACGAAGCCCACCGCCUCAAGAACCGCAACUGUAAACUCCUGGAGGGCCUCAAGCUCAUGAACCUGGUGAGGGGGAAGCUAGCUAACUUUCUUGGGCGUCUGCAUUGUCAUUGUAGUCAAUUCAGUGCAGCACCAGCCAAGGCUGAUAGUAGCAUGGAUGCCCUCCCUUGGUCAAGAGGGAAGUACUGCACAAAAAGAAACAUUGUAAUGAGCCAGACUAGCGAGUGGUAAUCUCUGUUGAGUUACAUGGAUGAUACUUGUCUUUGAGUGGCAUGAAAAGUGCUAUAAAUGGUUUUUAUGUAUUAAUACUCAAAUCCGUAUACCAUUUUGUUGUGUACUACAUGCAUUGUACAUUUGUUGGGCUCUUCCACCUCUUCCACCCCCUGUAGGAACACAAGGUCCUCCUGACGGGCACCCCCCUGCAGAACUCGGUGGAGGAGCUCUUCAGUCUUCUCAACUUCCUGGAGCCCCUACAGUUCCCCUCAGAGAGCCUCUUCCUAGAGGAGUUUGGAGAUCUGAAGACUGAGGAACAGGUGAUAUUUUUUUUUUUUUUCUGAGGCAAAGUGGGAAACCUUCCUUUUGGAAUUUAUGGGAAUGUUGAUUCUUUCUCAGAGAUAACCAUCAGCAAUUCCCUUUUAAGCAUUGUAUCAUACACUUAAUGGCAGCUAACAUGCUACUGAACAAAACGGAAAGCAUGCGCUUUACAUCAUCAAGCAGUUGUUGAAUCUGUGUCGGUAUCAAGUUGUUGCAUCUGCAGUGCAGGUGUGGGCAAUUUAAACAUAUUGUUAUGAAUAGCGCCACAGUAAACAUAAGUGUCCAGGCCAGACUAAACAAACAAAUGUUUUGUCUAAGUCCAAACUGUAUGCUGUUAAGUAUGUACCUACACUAGACAUUCUAAGUCUUAUUACUGCAGACCGUCAGAUCCUGACCACUUCUGUCCUCCUUUCCCCCAGGGUUGGGGUAAAUUCCAUUUCAUUCAGUGAGUUCAGUACAUCCUGAAUUCACUGAAUUGGAAAUUAAAUUGACCCCAAACCUGCUCUCCUCUACCCCAGGUGAAGAAGCUGCAGGCCAUCCUGAAGCCCAUGAUGCUGCGGCGGCUGAAGGACGACGUGGAGAAGAACCUGGCGCCCAAGGAGGAGACCAUCAUCGAGGUGGAGCUCACCAACAUGCAGAAGAAGUACUACCGCGCCAUCCUGGAGAAGAACUUCACCUUCCUGGCCAAGGGGGCCAACCAGCAUAACAUGCCCAACCUCAUCAACACCAUGAUGGAGCUGCGCAAGUGCUGCAACCACCCUUACCUGAUCAAAGGUGACGUGUGGACACACGCACACAAAAACUGUUCAUAGUUCAUAAUACAAUUUUAAUUGUAAAAUUAGUCAACAGAUUAACUAAUCCGUUAACGCCUGUAUUAUUUCUAGCUUCCUGUCUUUUUAUAUUUGGACACAGUUUAAUUCAACCCUGACUUUUAAGCAGCAUUAUGGAAAUGGCUUCAUACCAAUUUCUUCUGACUUUCACAAGACUCUCUACGAUGCAUGCUAAGUAGCACGUUUCUCUCCCCCCACCUAUCUUCUAUGGAAACAUCUAGGUGCGGAGGAGAAGAUCCUGGAUAGCUUCAGGAAAACACACAGCCCUGAUGCCUGGGACUUCAACCUCCAGGCCAUGAUCCAGGCGGCGGGGAAGCUGGUGCUCAUUGACAAGCUGCUGCCUAAGCUGAUCGCUGGCGGCCACAAGGUGCUGGUCUUCUCCCAGAUGGUGCGCUGCCUGGAUAUCCUGGAGGACUACCUCAUCCAGAGGAGGUGAGACUAGGGCUGAGGAUAGAGCCGGGGUUGGGGCAGUGAGGCUGGGGAUAGGGCUGGGGCUGCUGGACUAGGCUCAAGCUCUGCUCUGUGUGCCCACAUCACAAUCUCCCUCCCAUCUGCUCUAAUCUAAAAAGAGACCAACCAAAUAUAUAUGAUUUGUCUGGACAGUUCCAUGAGAAACAGGGAAGGCAUGUAUGCAUAACAUAUUAAUGGCUAUGACUCUGUCAUAAUGAUAAAAGGAUCUGCGUUUGAUACCAUUUUUUAUAGGAUAACAAUGAUCCAUAGGGGAUUUAAUGUUUAUGUUGGUUUAUUAACUGGAAUAUACAGUGGCUUGCGAAAGUAUUCACCCCCCUUGGCAUUUGUUUUUUUUUUUGGGGGGGGGGGGGGGGGGGGGGGGGGGGGUUGUAUCAUUUGAUUUACACAACAUGCCUACCACUUUGAAGAUGCAAAAAUAUUUUUUAUUGUGAAACAAACAAGAAAUAAGACAAAAAACCAGAACUUGAGCAUGCAUAACUAUUCACCCCCCCCCCCCCCCCCCCCCCCCCCCCCCCAAAGUCAAUACUUUGUAGAGCCACCUUUUGCAGCAAUUACAGCUGGAAGUCUCUUGGGGUAUGUCUCUAUAAGCCUGGCACAUCUAGCCACUGGGAUGUUUUCCCAUUCUUCAAGGCAAAACUGCUCCAGCUCCUUCAAGUUGGAUGGGUUCCGCUGGUGUACAGCAAUCUUUAAGUCAUACCACAGAUUCUCAAUUGGAUUGAGGUCUGGGCUUUGACUAGGCCAUUCCAAAACAUUUUAAAUGUUUCCCCUUAAACCACUCGAGUGUUGCUUUAGCAGUAUGCUUACGGUCAUUGUCCUGCUGGAAGGUGAACCUCUGUCCCAGUCUCAAAUCUCUGGAAGACUGAAACAGGUUUCCCUCAAGAAUUUCCCUGUAUUUAGCGCCAUCCAUCAUUCCUUAAAUUCUGACCAGUUUCCCAGUGCCUGCCAAUGAAAAACAUCCCCACAGCAUGAUGCUGCCACCACCAUGCUUCACUGUGGGGAUGGUGUUCUCGGGUGAUGAGAGGUGUUGGGUUUGCGCCAGACAUAGCGUUUAUUUUGAUGACCAAAAAGCUUAAUUUUAGUCUCAUCUGACCAGAGUACCUUCUUUCAUGUGUUUGGGGAGUCUCCUACAUGCCUUUUGGCGAACACCAAAUGUGUUUGCUUAUUUUUUUCUUUAAGCAAUGGCUUUUUUCUGGCCACUCUUCUAUAAAGCCCAGCUCUGUGGAGUGUACGGCUUAAAGUGGUCCUAUGGACAGAUACUCCAAUCUCCGCUGUGGAGCUUUGCAGCUCCUUCAGGGGUCUCUUUGUUGCCUCUGAUUAAUGCCCUCCUUGCCUGGUCCGUGUGUUUUGGUGGGCGGCCCUCUCUUGGCAGGUUUGUUGUGGUGCCAUAUUCUUUCCAUUUUUUAUAAUGGAUUCAAUGGUGCUCCAUGGGAUGUUCAAAGUUUCAGGUAUUUUUUUAUAACCCAACCCUGAUAUGUACUUCUCCACAACUUUGUCCCUGACCUGUUUGGAGAGCUCCUUGGUCUUCAUGGUGCCGCUUGCUUGGUGGUGCCCCUUGCUUAGUGGUGUCACAGACUCUGGGGCCUUUCAGAACAGGUGUGUAUAUAUAUACUGACAUCAUGUGACAGAUCAUGUGACACUUAGAGUGCACACAGGUGGACUUUAUUUAACUCAUUAUGUGACUUCUGAAGGUAAUUGGUUGCACCAGAUCUUAUUUAGGGGGUUCAUAGCAAAGGGGGUGAAUACAUAUGCACGCACCACUUUUCCGUUAUUUAUUUUUUAUAAUCUUUUGAAAGACGUUUUAUUUUUAUUUUUUCACUUCACCAAAUUGGACUAUGUUGUGUAUGUCCAUUACAUGAAAUCCAAAUAAAAAUCCAUUUAAAUUACAGGUUGUAAUGCAACAAAAUAGGAAAAAUGCCAAGGAGGAUGAAUACUUUUGCAAGGCACUGUAAGUGAAAUAAUCUGUCUGUAAACAAUUGUUGGAAAAAUUAAUUUCUUAACAAGAAAUUUGUGGUGGUUGAAAAACAAGUUUGAAUGACUCCAAAAUAAGUGUAUGUAAACUUCCGACUUCAACUGUAUGCUGAGCACUUAUUGGCUGCUUUUCCUUCACUCUGCGGUCCGACUCAUCCCAAACCAUCUCAAUUGGGUUGAGUUCGGGUGAUUUUGUGGAGGCCAGGUCAUCUGAUGCAGCACUCCAUCAUUCUCCUUCUUGGUCAAAUAGCCCUUACACAGCCUGAAGGUGUGUUUUGGGUCAUUGCCCUGUUGAAAAGCAAAUGAUAGUCCCACUAAGAGCAAACCAGAUGGGAUGGCAUGUCGCUGCAGAAUAAUGUGGUAGCCAUGCUAGUUAAGUGUGCCUUGAAUUCUAAAUAAAUCACUGACAGUGUAACCAGAAGAGCACGGUGAGAACCACACAUGCAGAAAUCAUCCGUUCACCUACUCUGCAUCUCACAAAACAUGGCGGUUGGAACCAAAAAUCUCAAAUUUGGACUCAUCAGACCAAAGGACAGAUUUCCACCGGUCUAAUGUCCAUUGGUCGUGUUUCUUGGCCCAAGCAAGUCUCUUCUUCUUAUUGGUGUCCUUUAGUAGUGGUUUCUUUGCAGCAAUUUGACCAUGAAGGCCUGAUUCACGCAGUCUCCUCUGAACAGUUGAUGUUGAGAUGUGUCUGUUACUUGAACUCUGUGAAGCAUUUAUUUGGGCUGCAAUUUCUAAUGAACUUAUCCCUCUGCAGCAGAGGUAACUCUGGGUCUUCCUUUCCUGUGGCGGUCCUCAUGAAAGCCAGUUUCAUCAUAGUACUUAAUGGUUUUUGCGACUGCACUUGAAGAAACUUUCAAAGUUCUUUGACAUUUUCCGUAUUGACUGACAUUCAUGUCUUAAAGUAAUGAUGGACUGUCAUUUCUCUUUGCUUAUUUGAGCUGUUCUUGCCAUAAUAUGGACUUGGUCUUUUACCAAAUAGGGCUAUCUUCUGUAUAGCACCCCAACAACACAACUGAUUGGCUCAAACACAUUAAGAAGGAAAGAAAUUCCACAAAUUAACUUUUAUGAAGGCACACCUGUUAAUUGAAAUGCAUUCCAGGUGACUACCUCAUGAAGCUGGUUGAGAGAAUGCCAAGAGUGUGCAAAGCUGUCAUCAAGGCAAAGGGUGGCUAUUUUGAAGAAUCUCAAAAAAUUAAAUAUAUUUUGAUUUGUUUAACACGUUUUUGGUUACUACAUGAUUCCAUAUGUUAUUUCAUAGUUUUGAUGUCUCCACUAUUAUUCUAUAAUGUAGAGUAGGUGUGUCCAAACUUUUGACUUGUGCUCUGUAUAUACAGUUGAAGUCGGAAGUUUACAUACACCUUAGCCAAAUACAUUUAAACUCAGUUUUUCACAAUUCCUGACAUUUAAUCCUAGUAAAAAUUCCCUGUCUUAGGUCAGUUAGGAUCAUAAUAAUAGUAGAGAGUGAUUUAUUUCAGAUUUUAUUUCUUUCAUCACAUUCCCAGUGGGUCAGAAGUUUACAUACACUCAAUUAGUAUUUGGUAGCAUUGUCUUUAAAUUGUUUAACUUGGGUCAAACUUUUCAGGUAGCCUUCCACAAGCUUCCCACAAUAAGUUGGGUGAAUUUUGGCCCAUUCCUCCUGACAGAGCUGGUGUAACUGAGUCAGGUUUGUAGGCUUCCUUGCUCGCACACGCCUUUUCAGUUCUGGACACAGAUUUUCUAUAGGAUUGAGGUCAGGCCUUUGUGAUGGUCACUCCAUUACCUUGACUUUGUUGUCCUUAAGCCAUUUUGCCACAAAUUUGGAAGUGCUUGGGGUCAUUGUCCAUUUGGAAGACCCAUUUGCAACCAAGCUUUAACUUGCUGACUGAUGUCUUGAGAUGUUGCUUCAAUAUAUCCACAUAAUUUUCCUUCCUCAUGAUGCCAUCUAUUUUGUGAAGUGCACCAGUCCCUCCUGCAGCAAAGCACCCCCACAGCAUGAUACUGCCACUCCUGUGCUUCACGGUUGGGAUGGUGUUCUUCGGCUUGCAAGCCCCCCUUUUUCCUCCAAACAUAACGAUGGUCAUUAUGGCCACACAGUUCUAUUUUUGUUUAAUCAGACCAGAGGACAUUUCUUCAAAAAGUACGAUCUUUGUCCCCAUGUGCAGUUGCAAACCGUAGUCUGGCUUUCUUAUGGCGGUUUUGGAGCAGUGGCUUCUUCCUUGCUGAGCGGCCUUGCAGGUUAUGUCGAUAUAGGACUUGUUUUACUGUGGAUAUAGAUACUUUUGUACCUGUUUCCUCCAGCAUCUUCACAUGGUCCUUUGCUGUUGUUCUGGGAUUGAUUUGCACUUUUCGCACCAAAGUAUGUUCAUCUCUAGGAGACAGAACGCAUCUCCUUCCUGAGCGGUAUGACGGCUGCGUGGUCCCAUGGUGUUUAUACUUGCGUACUAUUGUUUGUACAGAUGAACGUGGUACCUUCAGGCGUUUUGGAAAUUGCUCCCAAGGAUUAACCAAACUUGUGGAGGUCUACAAUUUUUUUUCUGAGGUCUUGGAUGUCUUUUGAUUUUCCCAUGAUGUCAAACAGAGGCACUGAGUUUGAAGGUAGGCCUUGAAAUACAUCCACAGGUACACCUCCAAUUGACGCAAAUGAUGUCAAUUAGCCUAUCAGAAGCUUCUAAAGCCAUGACAUCAUUUUCUGGAAUUUUCCAAGCUAUUAAAAGGCACAGUCAACUUAGUGUAUGUAAACAUCUGACCCACUGGAAUUGUGAUACAGUGAAUUAUAAGUGAAAUAAUCUGUCUGUAAACAGUUGUUGGAAAAAUUAGUUGUGUCAUGCACAAAUUAAUGUCCUAACCGACUUGUCCAAAACUAUAGUUUGUUAACUAGAAAUUUGUGGAGUGGUUGAAAAAAAGGUUUUAAUGACUUCAACCUAAGUGUAUGUAAAGUUCCGACUUCAACUGUAUACACGUUCAAAUGCCUCUCCAGUGAAGUAGUGAUGUGCGACAUAUGCCUAGCUUCUUGAAACGGGUCACAAAUAUAAAUUUUCUCUAAACUCCAUCAUUUUGGAUUUGAGAAAAUAUUUCAUAAGGUGACAGUACAGAAUACCACCUUUUAAUUUAAGGGUAUUCAUAUACAUAUCUGAUUUAUUGAUUUUACAGUUUAGAAAUGAAAGCACUUUAAAGAUCUAGUCCCCCCAUUUUAAGACGUCAUAAGUAUUCGGACAAAUUUCAUUUAGUAUACCAAAAGUGUAGUAUUUGGUCACUUAUUCCUAGCACGCAAAUGACUACAUCAAGCUUGUGACUCUACAAACUCAUUGGAUGCAUUUGCAGUUUGUUUUAGUUGUGUUUUGGGUUAUGAUUUGCCCAAAAGGAAUUGAAUGGUGAAGGAUGACUGAAGUGAUUUUCAAAGUUAGAAGAGAAGAUGUUUCUGAACACUUCCAAUUAAUCCUGAUAAUGCCAUGAUUAGGAAAAAAUAAUUAAUGAAUAAUGAUGAGUGAUAAAGUUAGAGACUACAACAAAGCAUGCUAACCUCUUGCCAUUACAAAUGUGGGAGAUUUGCAUAUUUGGGGGUUAUGAUCUUUGUCCCUCUAUCUUUCUCACUCAUUCACGAUUUAUAAUCAUGAUAGCCACAUUCAUGUAGAAGUUUUCACAAACAUAUUAUUUUUUAUAUUUUUUGUGCUUUUACCCUUUUUCUCCCCAAUUUUGUGAUAUCCAAUUGGUAGUUAGUCUUGUCCCAUCUCUGCAACUCCCCUAUGGACUUGGGAGAGGCGACGGUCGAGAGCCAUGCGUCCUCCGAAACAUGAACCUGCCAAGCCGCACUGCUUCUUGACACACUGCUCGCUUAACCCGGAAGCCAGCCACACCAAUGUGUCGGAGGGGACACCGUCCAGCUGGCGACCGAAGUCAGCUUGCAGGCGCCCGGCCCGCCAAAAGGAGUCGCUAGAGCGCGAUGGGACAAGGAAAUCCCGGCCGGCCAAACCCUCUCCUAAUCCAGAUGACGCUGGGCCAAUUGUGCGCCGCCUCAUGGGUCUCCCGGUAUUGGCCGGCUGUAACACAGCCUGGGUUCGAACCCGGGUCUGUAGUGACGCCUCAAGCACCGCAAUGCAGUGCCUUAAACCACUGCGCCACUCGGGAGGCCUUCACAAACCUAUUCUAAUAUUCUAUUCAAACCUAUUCUAUUCUAAUACUACAGUGUCUUCAGAAAGUAUUCACACCCCUUGACUCUUUCCAAAUCUUGUUGUGUUUACAGCCUGAAUUUAAAAUGGAUUAAAUUUAGAUUUUUUUUGUCACUGGCAUAAACAAAAUACUCCAUAAUGUCAAACUGGAAUUAUGUUUUUAGAAUUUUUUACAAAUUAAUUAAAAAUGAAAAGCUGAAAUGUCUUGAGUCAAUAAGUACUGUAUGGCAAGCCUAAAUAAGUUCAGGAGUAAAAAUAUGCUUAACAAGUCACAUAAUAAGUUGCAUGGACUGACACUGUGUGGAAUUUUUGAAUGAGUACCUCAUCUCUGUAUCCCACACAUACAAUUAUCUCUAAGGUCCCUCAGUCGAGCAGUGAAUUCAACCACAAAGACCAGGGAGGUUGUCCAAUGCCUCACAACAAAGGGCACCUGUUGGUAGAUGGGUAGAAAUUAAACAGCAUGGUCAAGUUAUUUAUUACACUUUGGAUGGUGUGUCAAUAGUCACUACAAAAAUCCAGUCACUACAAAGAUACAGGCGUCCUUCCUAACUCAGUUGCCGGAGAGGAAGGAAACUACUCAGGGAUUUCACCAUGAGGCUAAUGGUGACUUUAAAACAGUUAGUUUAAUGGUUGUGAUGGGAGAAAACUGAGGAUGGAUCAACAACAUUGUAGUUACUCCACAAUACUAACCUAAUUGAUAGAGUGAAAAGAAGGAAACCUAUACAGAAUACAAAUAUUCCAAAACAUGCAUCCUGUUUGCAGCAAGGCACUAAAGUAAUACUGCAAAAAAUGUGUCAAAGUAAUUCACUUUUUGUCCUGAAUACAAAGCAUUAUGUUUUGGGCAAAUCCAAUACAACAUAUUACUGAGUACCAUUCUCCAUAUUUUCAAGCAUAGUAGGGGCUGCAUCAUGUUAUGGGCAUGCUUAUAAUCGGUAAGGACUGGGGAGUUUUUCAGGAUAAAAAAUAAACUGAUUGGAGUUAAGCACAGGCAAAAUCCUAGAGGAAAACCUGGUUCAGUCUGCUUUCAUCCAAACACUGUGAGAUGAAUUCACCUUUCAGCAGGACAAUAACCUAAAACACAAGUCUAAAUCUACAGUGGAGUUGCUUACCAAGAAGACCGUGAAUGUUCCUGAGUGGCCGAUUUACAGUUUUGACUUAAAUCUACUUGAAAAUCUAUGUCAAGACUGGAAAAUGGUUGUCUCGCAAUGGUCCACAACCAAUUUGACAAAGCUUGAAGAAUUUUAAAAAGAAGAAUGUGCAAUUGUUGCAUAAUCCAGGUGUGGAAAGCUCUUAGAGACUUACCCAGAACUCACAGCUGUAAUCGCUGCCAAAGAUGCUUCUACAAAGUAUUGACUUGGGUCUGAAUACUUAUGUAACUUAGCAGACAUUUUUUUUAAACAUGUUUUCACUUCAUCAUUAUGGGGUAUUGUGUAUUUUUUUAUCAAUUUUGAAUUCAGGCUGGAACACAAAAUGUGGAAUAAGUCAAGGCACCAAAAUGACACACUACAUUAUUCACCAUUCACUUCAUAUUGGACAAAACAUAAUCGAAACACAACCAAAGCAAGCUGUAAAUGCAUCCAACAAGUUUGUAGAGCCACAAGCUUGAUGUAGUCAUUGUGUGCAAGGAAUGUGGGACCAAAUACUAAACUUUUGACUACUUUAGUACACUAUAAGAGAAAUUAGUCCAAAUACUUAUGUCAUCUACAAAAAAAUGUUUGGGGGGGCUAUAUAUAUAUAUAUAAAUAUAUAUAUAUAUAUAUAUAAGUGCUUACAUUUCUAAACAGUAAAUCAGAUAUGUAUGAAAAUACCCUAAAAUGAAAAUUGACAAUCUGUACAGUCACCUCAUUUGAAACGUUUUAUAUCAAAUCCAAAAUGCUGGAGUAUAGGGCCAAAUGUAACAUUUUAGCAUCACUGUCCAAAUACAUACACUACAUGACCAAAGGUAUGUGGACACCUGCUCAUCGUACAUCUCAUUCCAAAAUCAUGGGCAUUAAUAUGGAGUUGGUCCCCCUUUUUGCUGCAAUAACAGCCUCCACUCUUCUGGGAAGCCUUUCCACUAGAUGUUGGAACAUUGCUGUGGGGACUUCACAAUAACAGCAUUUACAGUUGACCGGAGCAGCUCUAGCAGGGCAGAAAUUUGACAAACUGACUUAUCGGAAAGGUGGCAUCCUAUGACUGUGCCAUGUUGAAAGUCACUGAGCUCUUCAGUAAAGCCAUUAUAAUGCCAAUGUUUGUCUAUGGAUAUUGCGUGACUGUGUGCUCGAUUUGAUACACCUGUCAGUAACGGGUGUGGCUGAAAUAGCCGAAUCCACUAAUUUUAAGGGGUGUCCACAUACACUCCCCUACGUACACUCUAUAUACAAAAGUAUGUAUUGUAGCGAAUUCGGGGGUCCCAAACCUGGGUCCAGCGACUGUCAGCCGAACAGCCAUUACGGCAAAAGAUCCAAACCUCUUGAGGAGGUCGGUAGGUGUGUUGUUGAGGUCGUUUCAGUAUUUUCAUACUUUGUAUAUUUGGUUGCAGGUACACCUAUGAGCGCAUCGACGGCAGAGUGCGGGGGAACCUGCGCCAGGCGGCAAUUGACAGGUUCUGUAAGGUGGACUCAGACCGCUUUGUGUUCCUGCUGUGUACCCGUGCUGGGGGCCUGGGCAUCAACCUGACCGCUGCAGACACCUGCAUCAUCUUCGACUCGGACUGGAACCCCCAGAACGACCUACAGGUUAGUCAACACAAAGUUCAGUACCACUUAGGGCCCGUUUUCCGGGCCUCGAUUAAACGUAGUCCUGGACUUAAAAGUAUUAUACUAAUUUCCUGAUGUGGUUUCAUGGGGCAGUAGGUAGCCCAGCUACUAAAGAGUUGGACCUGUACCCAAAAGGUUGCCUGUUCGAAAAAAGGGGGAAAUUGAUCUGGCAACUGGAGGGCUGCUGGGUUCAGAUCCUAACAACAAUCCCCUACUGCUGGGCCCUUGAGCAAUGCACUUAACCCACAACAUGGCUGUAACUAUGGACAGUAAAGUUGUAUUGUCAUUGUAUUAUUGUCCUGUGUGGUUCAGUUGAUAGAGCGUGGUACUUGCAAUGUCGGGAUUGUUGGUUCCAUUCCUGCUGGGUCCACCCUUACGAAAAUGUGCAGGCUAUAUAUAUUUCCAGCAGAUUUCAUGUGUGCAUGGAGUAUGACAUGGUAUAUAGAAAAACACUACUCUCACACACUGUUAAUGGCACUGUUAAUAUAACAACAGUUUUAAGCCCUAUUUGUAAAAAACUGCUCUGUGUUUGUCCAUGCCAGGCCCAAGCUCGCUGCCACCGCAUCGGCCAGAGUAAAGCAGUGAAGGUGUAUAGACUGAUCACCAGGAACUCAUAUGAGAGGGAGAUGUUUGACAAAGCCAGUCUGAAGCUGGGUCUAGACAAGGCCGUGCUGCAGGACAUCAAUCGAAAGGGCAGCCUCAAUGGGGUGAGUGACUGUGCUAUAACAGCCUGGUCCCAGAUCUGUUUGUGCUGUCUUGCCAACUCCUAUUGUCAUUCAUCGUCAUGCCAGCACAAACAGAUCUAGGACCAAGUUAUACUAUGAAGGAUGAGUUGUGUGAUGUUGGGGUUUUCUUUGUAUAAUGAUUGCGUUGUCUACCACCUUCAUAUAGUAGUCAUCUUUGACAUUUGUAUGGCUAUCCACACUCAGCACAGCAGUCCCUCAACACUUCUGUUGCCUGUGUUGCAGUACAACACAAACAGUUGUCAGCAAACAUGCUAAACAUGUUCCUUUGGACUAUGCUGGUUUUGUACCCCUCCACCCGUUCAUCAAACUUUCACUACCCCUGCCCGCACAAGACUGCUUUGUGAUUUUUCCUCAUCCCUGCCGAAACAUUCCAAUAAACAAUGCUUUUUUAGAUCUCUCAGCUGUUUCUGAUUCCAAAGGAUCCCUUAUCAUAUUCAGGAAAUACAUUGAAAUGGAAUUGACCUCAACCCUGAUCUAUAAUUGGGUCCAGUUGAUCUGAGAUCUGUUGCUAUGGCUGCUUAACUAAUGGGGGGCAUGGUGUCCCAAAGAUACAGCAGAUGACCAAGAUUGAAGUGGAGGACCUGCUGAGGAAGGGCGCAUAUGGAGCGCUGAUGGACGAGGAGGACGAGGGCUCCAAGUUCUGCGAGGAGGACAUCGACCAGAUCCUGCAGCGCCGCACCCAAACCAUCACCAUCGAGACAGAGGGCAAGGGCUCCACCUUCGCCAAGGUAAACCCUGACCGUUAUACCCCUAACCUCUAACCCCUGACUCUAAUAUCCAGACCAUCACCAUCCAGACAGAGGGCAAGGGCUCCACCUUCGCCAAGGUAAACCCAUAUUGGGUAAACUGUUGAGAAAAUACAACACUUUUUGUACAUAGUCCGUCGCCCCCAUUUUAGGGAACCAAAAGUUUUUGGACAAAUUCACUUGUGUAUUAAAGUAUUAAAAAAUGUAGCAUUUGGUCCCAUAUUCCUAGCACGCAAUGACUACAAUGCUUGUGACGCUACAAACUUUUUGGAUACAUUUGCAGUUUGUUUUGGUUGCGUUUCAGAUUAUUUUGUGGCCAAUAGAAAUUAAAGGUAAAUAACGUAUUGUCAUUUUGGAGUCACUUUUAUUGUAAAUAAGAAUAUAAUAUGUUGCCUCCCGAGUGGCGCAGCGGUCUAAGGCACUGCAUCGCAGUGCUUGAGGCGUCACUAAAGACCCAGGUUCGAUCCCAGGCUGUGUCGCAGCCGGCCGCGACCAGGAGACCCAUGAGGCAGCGCACAAUUGGCCGGGUUAGGGGAGGGUUUGGCAUGCACGCUGACUUCGGUCGCCAGCUGUACAGUGUUUCCUCCGACACGUUGGUGCAGCUGGCUUCUGGAUUAAGCGAGUAGUAUGUCAAGAAGCAGUGUGGCUUGGCAGGGUCGUGUUUCGGAGGACGCAUGGCUCUCGACCUUCGCCUCUCCCGAGUCCAUACGCGAGUUGCAGCGAUGGGACAAGACUGUAACUACCAAUUGGAUAUCAAGAAAUUGGGGAGAAAAAAGGGUCAAAUGUUUAAAAAGAAAAUAAUAAUAAUAAUAAAAAAAAUAUUCAAGAAUACAAUAUGUUUCUAAACACUUCUACAUUAAUAUGGUUGCUACCAUGAUUACGUAUAAUCAUGAUUACGUAUAAUCAGGAAGACCCCAAAAAUGCUUACCUCCCCUGUUAUUUAUUGGUAAUGGUGAGAGUUUUCAAGUUUUUAAUGGCACAUGCACAAGUACAGUGAAAUGCCUUUCUUGCAAACUCAAAACCCAACAAUGCAAUAAUCAUAAACAAUGUAAUACUAGAAAAAAACACACGAGAAAUAAGAAUAAAUAUGAAGAACACAAAAAGUAAGUAAGCAUACUAUAUACAGGGUCAGUUCCAAUACCAUAUUUACAAUGUGUAGGGAUACGGGCGUGAUGGAAGUAGAUACAGUAUGUAUAGGGGUUAGGUGACUAGGCAACGGGAUAUAAGAUAAACAGAGUAGCAGCAGCUUGUAUGUAAGUGGGUGUGUGUAGAGUCAGUAUAUUAGCAUGUCUUGGGUGUUAUGAUCAUUAUUCACCAUUCAUUCAUGAUUAUCCGUAUAAAGAAUAUUGGACCAAAUACUACACACUUGACUACUUUAAUACACAUAUAAGUGAAUUUGUCCAAAUCCUUUUGGUUCCUUAAAAAGGGGCAACUAUGUACAAAAAGUGCUGUAGUUUCAAAACGGUUCACCCGAUAUGGACACUCUGACUUAAACCUCAUAGUCAUUGUACCCCCCCAAAGUGCUGGGGUACAGAGCAAAAAAAUAAAAAAUAAAAAGGUUUCACUGUCCAAAAACCUCACUGUAUUACUUUGGUGGUUUGAGAUUAGAGUAUUACUUUAUUGUGCUCAACUACAAUGAGAAAUUUAAACUUUGAGUGUCAAGGGCCCUACCUUUGCCAAACCCUACCCCUAAAUGAUAUCUUAAACCGUAAUCCUUAGGCUGUCACCAUCCAGGUAGUAUAUAACUAUUGGAAGAAUUACAUGUUCGCCAGUAUCCACAAGUUUCAGUUUCCCGUCUUUUACCAAUGUCAGAUUUCACGCCUUAUCAGCUUUCUCAGCACAUCCCAGUGUAUGUUACUCGCAUGGAUCCAGUCCAGUUGAUGCCUGUGUGUGUGUGUGUGUGCAUAAUUAUUUAUUUUUCCUUGUCAUUUCCAGGCCAGCUUUGUGUCUUCUGGAAACAGAACUGAUAUUUCCCUGGACGAUCCCAACUUCUGGCAGAAAUGGGCCAAAAUAGCAGAGCUGGAGAUUGACUCCAAAGCAGAGAAGGUAAGAGGGGAGGGAAGGGAAGGAAGGGCGCUGUGGGGCGACCGGUGAUCCCCGACUAGGGUGUCGCUGCUGCCUGGUGUUGGAGGGGCUCCAGAAAAGGCUGGUCGCUGCAGAUCAAAAGAGCCACUCAGAAUGCGCGCUGGAAAAGAAGGCGGAAUAGGCCUCGCGAAACGGUUUAAAAAUCUGGCACUCAUCAACCUGCUGAACAGAUGGGUUGCAUUAAUGAGAGAAAAAAAAAUAGAAAUACAGCAUGCGAAGCAGAGGGAGGAGGAGAGGGUGCAGUUGAAUUAAUUAUGUGUGUAUUAGAGCUUGCUGUGUGUGUAUAGUGUAUUAGUGUGCAGCGUAUGCAUUUUGUGCUGAAGAGUUGUGCGUACAGUGGGGAGAACAAGUAUUUGAUACACUGCCGAUUUUGUAGGUUUUCCUACUUACAAAGCAUGUAGAGGUCUGUAAUUUUUAUCAUAGGUACACUUCAACUGUGAGAGACAGAAUCUAAAACAACAAUCCAGAAAAUCACAUUGUAUGAUUUUUAAGUAAUUAAUUUGCAUUUAUUUAAAUUACAGACCUCUACAUGCUUUGUAAGUAGGAAAACCUGCAAAUUCGGCAGUGUAUCAAAUACUUGUUCUCCCCACUGUAUAUGGUGUACACUGUACUGUAUAUUAGUAUUGUGAGUUGUUUUGGCCUGUGUAUGUGGUGUUAGGGCUAUGUGUGUGUGUGUUGUCUGUUAGCCGUGUGUGUCUUAAGUCUUUUACUUCAAAUUGAUUUGUUUGGAGACUGUACAUGGCAUGUGUAUUGUGCUGUAUACUGUGUGCCAGUACUAUGCAUGGGUGCCUAUAAUGCCUGAAUUGCCUAGAUGAACAGUGUGUCCAUAAAUUAAUUUAUAUAGCCCUUUUUACAUCAACAGUUGUCACAAAGUGCUUAUACAGAAACCCAGCCUAAAACCCCAAAGAGCAAGCAAUGCAGAUGUAGAAGUACGGUGGCUAGGAAAAACUCCCUAGAAAGGCAGAAACCUAGGAAGAAACCUAGAGAGGAAUCAGGCUUUGAGGGGUGGCCAGUCCUCUUCUGGCUGUGCCGGGUGAAGAUUAUAAGAGUACGUGGCCAUUAAGGCCAGAUCGUUCUUCAAGAUGUUCAAACAUUAAUAGAUGACCAGCAGGGUCAAAUAAUAAUCACAGUGGUUAUAGAGGGCAGGAAUAAAUGACAGCUGGCUUUUCAUAGCCAAGCAUUCAGAGAAGGGGCGAGAGAGAACAACAAUUUUGUCCAGGAUUAGGGCUGUGGCGGUCCCGAAAUUUCGUCAGCCGGUGAUUGUCAAGCAAAUAACUGUCGGUCUCACGGUAAUUGACCGUUAAUUAACAUAAAGGGGUUCCACACAUGCAAGCUGCUGAUGUGUGCCUUUUGAAACAUCUACAUUUACAAGUCUAAAGUGUAAUAAAUCCCUUUAUUUGCCUUUACACCAUCACAAUAAAUCCAUUAUUUAUUUUUGGCAGGUCUACGAAACAUUAUAAUAAAGCCAAUAAAGGAAAACGAGACUGGUUAUCCCGCCAUCAUGAUAGGGGUUCAGCAAUAUGUGUCCGGUUCCUUCUCGUCCAUAUAGCGGGUCAUCUCGGUGUCGGCAUGCACUCUCAAGGAUACAGGGGGGGGGGAGCUUUCAGGGCCAGUUUCUUCUCUAAGAAGAUCACCAAGAUUCAUAUUUUUAGCCGGGGGCUGUGCACAGUCAUCCCCAUCUCCAGCUGUACAGCUGGUGCUGCCUCCGUCUACUUCCCCGAGUGCCAACAUCUCCUGAAGGAGGGCAUCUUUUCGUGCCAUCUCCCACACGGCCUUUGUACCGGGGGUCAAGUAGGCAGGUCUUUAACAAAAGUGCCUGUAGUGCUGUUGCUUUGUGCUUGUCCUGCAAUACACUUCCCAUUUUCUUUUUUAUAGUUUUUCGUUAGCUCGGAGUCAUUGGGUUUGGGAGAGAGAAUCUGUCCCGUUAAAAGUUGUAAAACGGGCUUGACUGACGACACUGUCACAUAGUUCUCCCCAGACAGGAUAUCAGUGAAGUCGGCCACAGGCUUCAGUGCGGCAUUGACCGAUUGCAGAACAUUGAUGACCUGCCAUGAUGGAUCUAAAUGCUUGUGAUUUUGAUCGUCAAUUAAUACCUGUUGUAUGGCCGAGACCUGCGCCGAAACUCUUUCGACCAUUUGUUGUUUGAUCACCCAACCUGUUCUACAAUCCUGCAGGAUGAAAAAUAAUAACAUUUUAUGAAAUGCAAGGGAAUUCAAUGGGCAUAUCAUUCGAUUUAUAUACGAUUUAUAAAUCUAGGACCAACAUCUUGAUAACGAAAUUGUAGCUUGUAUUUGAUUUAAAUAGCCUAAAAUUAAUAGAAUGAAAUGUGCUCAUCAUUCAAUUGAGAUAUAGUGAAGGCCUAUUAAUAGGACUAACAUCUUGAUAGUGGAAUUGUAGCUUGUAUUUGAUUUAAAUAGCCAAACAUUUAUGGAAUGCAAUAGGCAUAUAAUUUGAUUGAUAUACAUUGUAUUAAUCUAAGACCAACAUCUUGAUAACGAAAUUGUAGCUGAUUUUUAAUUUAAAUAGCCUAAAAUUAAUGGAAUGCAAUGGAAUUUAAGACUGACUAUGAACUAAAUAAGAUUAAGCACUCACCAGUAUGAGAACGUGCUGGGGCAUCUCAAGAACCUCCUGUGCUUUAUGGAGGUUUCUCCUCUUCAACCAGCUCGUGGAGAAGGUGCUGGCGAGUGUCCUAGAGCCCCAAGGCCCGGGUUGUGCGGUCUUUCUGACUUGCAACACCUUUUGUGACGGCCAGAUGCAGGUUGUUUCCAAAGCAGCUAAGCCAUGGCCAACCCAACUGCCUCACCACGGCCACAAUGUUUGCCCCGUUGUCAGUUGUGAUGCAGGACACUUUCUUCUCAUCCAAUGCCCACUCUGCCAACACGGACCGGAGAGCUUCACUCAGGUUAUCCGCAGUAUGAUUCUCUGGCAUAUAGGUCGUCUCAAGACAAUGGGACACAAUGGUCGCGCCCCCGUAGAAAUCUAGUUAACAUAAUUUUAAAAUCCCCAUCAAAAUCUGUCUGUUUAAGAUAGAGAUAUCAGUUUUUUUGCAUGGGCUGUGUCUUAAUCCACCGCAUCCGCUGAAAUCGGCCAUUCGCAUCUGCGGUGAAAGGUGGCAGAGCUACAGCGGUGUUUGUCAGACCAUUAGACAUCCCGAAAAUCGGUCUUCUCACAAAAUUAUAUGUAGUGUCGGAACGGUUUGGCCUAGAAACUAUUUUGACCACUCUACUGAAAGACUCCUCACGAACACGAUGGUGUUCUCCGUUUUGCUCUACGACGCCCACAAGCCUCACAACACUUGUCUGAAGGCCCCCGGUACCAGUUUGAAAGAAUUAUGGAAUUAUAUAUGGAGAUAGUUUUAGUGCCUAAAAUAAGGGGAUAAAUACAUGCGAAAGAUAUAUAUGUAUAUGUAUAUGUAUGUUUCCUGAUCUUUCUUAUAUCUCUCAGAUAUAGGACGGACACAUCAGAACAAAUUUACUUUAGAUUUAGUUUUGGACUAUCUGUUGUUCCAUGUAGUGAAUAUUUUAUUCAAUGCGGUUUUUUUGGCUAAUAGCAGUAAUGCCAAAUUCAAUGUUUCAUCCAAUAAUUUUGUUAUAUAUUUUUUUAGACCAUAAGGGGUCUUAAAAUUCCAAAUCAAAUAGCUAAAUAACACUUGGUAUGACCAUUUUAAAACAAUUCCAUAUGUUAGCUUAGAACCCUCCCCCGCUUAGACUUAGAGGGGUAAAAGUGUACAAUGCAGAAAUCACUCCACAUUUCCUGGAUGCAAAAAUUCUAAUAGUUCGCCUAAUUUCAGUUUAUGUGACAAAACAAGCAAGUAUAGUGUAGAGAAUCAUUCUACCAUCUACACCAAUGUGAAAUAUAUUUUCCAUAGCCAAAAAUAUUGUACACUGAACACAAUAUAAACGCAACAUGCAACAAUUUCAAAGGUUUUACUGAGUUACAGUUCUAUAAGGAAAUCAGUCAAUUGAAAGAAAUGUAUUCAUCCCUAAUCUAUGGAUUUCACAUGACUGAGAAUACAGAUUUGAAUAGAGUUGAUCAGGCUGUUGAUUGUGGAAUGUUGUCCCACUCCUCAUCAAUGGCUGUGCGGGAACUGGAACACGCUGUCGUACACGUCGAUCCAGAACAUGCUAUACACGUCGGUCCGUAGCUUAUGUCUGCCCAUACCAUAACCCCACCGCCACCAUGGGGCACUCUGUUCACAACGUUGACAUCAGCAAACCUCUCGCCCACGUGACGCCAUACACAGUCUGCCAUCUGCCCGGUACAGUUGAAACCGGGAUUCAUCCGUGAAGAGCACACUUCCCCAGCGUGCCAGUGGCUGUCCGGGUGGCUGGUCUCAGACAAUUCCGCAGGUGAAGAAGCCAGUUGGGAAGGUCCUGGGCUGACAUGGUUACACGUGGUCUACAAUUGUGAGGCCGGUUGGACGUACUGCCAAAUUCUCUAAAACGUCAUUGUACAGAAAUGAACAUUAAAUGAUCUGGCAACAGCUCUGGUGGACAUUCCUGCAGUCAGCAUGCCAAUUGCACGCUCCCUCAAAAUGUAAGACAUCUGUGGCAUUGUGUUGUGUGACAAAACUGCACAUUUUAGAGUGGCCUUUUAUUGUCCCCAGCACAAGGUGCACCUGUGUAAUGACCAUGCUAUUUAAUCAACUUCUUGAUAUGCCACACCUGUCAGGUGGAUGGAUUAUUGUGUUUAUUUUUUUGUUCUGUAUAUUUUCAGCUGUUUGAAGCUGGUGCUUUUAUAUGCUUUUAUAUGCUUUCCUGAGACGACUGUACAACCAUCGAGAUUCAUUGUCAGAUCCGACAGCAGAACUCUUUGUUUCUUGGGACCUACAACUAGCAUAUCCGUAGCAAGCCGGCAGUAAAGCCUAAACCUGAACCUCCGUCUGUGACAGGAGAGCCUGGUGAUUGACACGCCUCGUGUGAGGAAGCAGACGCGUCACUACAACUCGUUUGAGGAUGACGAGCUGAUGGAGUUCUCCGAGCUGGACAGCGACUCAGAAGAGAGGCCCUGUCGCACCCGCCGCCUCAGCGAGAGGAGCAGGCACUACCUCCGUGCAGAGUGCUUCCGUGUAGAGAAGAACCUGCUCAUAUUCGGGUCAGUUUCACAGCCUCUUAUAUUUCUCAGUUAUACUUUCAGUAGCCUUUCUAUUGUGCCAUACUGUAAAAAAAAAUUGUUCCCUAUGUAAGUGCUCUCUGUACCUCAAACUGUACCUUAGUAAGCACUCUUACUAAUUACUGCAGAGUUACAGUGUGCAGGUUUCCCAAACAUCUCAAGUAACCCCCAAUAAGUACCAUUUAUUUUAUGCAUUUCGGUACUACCCCACCUGAUUCAGUUGGUCAACCAGUGAAGGGCUUGGUGAUUAGUUGAUAAAUUAGUUGUGGAAUACAUCAAAUAUGUGGCACUGGCUGGGGGUACUUGAGGGGAGUUUUGGGAAUCACUACAGUAGGCUACAUUAGAGUACAGUAUUUAGGUAUUGUAUCCAACUGACUCUGUCCUCAUGCCACUCACUCCAUGUCUCUGCGUGUGCCCACAUAGCUGGGGUCGCUGGAACGACAUCCUGACCCAUGGGCGCUUCAAGUGGCAACUGGCCGAAUGCGACAUUGAGGUGCUGUGCCGGUCGCUGCUGGUCUACUGCUUGCGCCACUACAAGGGCGACGACAAGAUCAAGAGCUUUAUCUGGGACCUCAUCACACCCGCCAAGGAUGGCCAUAAACAGGACCUGCAGAACCACUCUGGUGAGAGACUCACUAACAUCCCCUGAUACAAGCUGCCAUUCACUCAUUCAGAUAUGGUGUGGGGGAAAGAGGACAGGCAAUAUGGUUAGUUAUGUUGACAACACUCAAAUGAAUAAUCAAGCUCUGAAAAGCAACUCGUAGUGCCAGAGUUUGGUGUAAUAGCCUAGAAAGCGGACUCCAGAUCAUGCAUGGCCCCCUGCGAUGGGGGUUUGAAUCCACACUCAGCAUCUUGUACUACUCUUUAUUACAUCUUGUAUCUACUCUGUCUAUCCCUUAGCAUAAAAAAAUAAAAGCGAUCCCCACCCUUCUCCGAUGGUUUGCUAUGGUCUCCAAAUGUCUAUCCUUUAAUGUGGACAGGUGUGCAGUAAGGUGAUUACAUGAUAUAGUUCAAUUCCAACCUUUCCACAAGCAGGCCUGUCGGCCCCAGUCCCCAGGGGACGCAAGGGUAAGAAGCUAAAGAACCAGCUGAGUGUGCCCGAGAUGAAGCAUGCAGACUGGCUGGUCAACUGCAACCCAGAGGUGGUGCUGCAUGAUGACAGCUACAAGAAACACCUCAAGCAGCACUGCAACAAGUGAGUCCCCCAUUCCUCACAAUUCACUUUCAGCUGUUAGUGAACAGUCAUGUUCUCCUGUAUGCAGAAUGGGAUUCCUAAGGUUGCUAAAUCUUACAAAACAUACAUACUAGUCUAGUUCUAUUUGAAAUUAUGAUUUUUUUUUGGUGCUGAAGUCUAGGGAGUAAGGGCUAGAUUUACUAAGCUUUUGCUUUUUGUUUUAUCUCUUCCUAAAAACAGGUGAAAAUGCUUAGCAACUCUGCACUGGCCCUAAGUGGUUUGGUGUUUAUCCAAUAAGAGACUGAUGAGGGGUAUAUGUGUUGUGUUAUGUGCGUUGUUGUGCCAAGGGUACUUCUGAGGGUGAGGAUGCUGUACUACCUGAAGGCGGAGGUACUGGGAGAGGCUGCUGCCCAGUCCCUGGAGGGCAUUCCUGCCAGGUACAAAGUGCACCACGAGGGCACCCAUUAAUCAUACCACUUACUUAUCUAGGUCCGGGAAACCAGACUAAAGUGAAUGGCUGAUUUGUGUGUGUGUGUGAUCUGUGCAGUAAACUGGAGGUGGCACUGCCUGACAUCGACUACAUCGAGAUCCCAGCAGGCUGGUGGGAUGCAGAGGCAGAUAAGUCUCUCCUCAUAGGAGUGCACAAACACGGUAAUCCUCUAGUCUAGGGUCUCCUGUUUGUCAGGUCCUCAUGGCUCUCACUAUACAAUCCAAUUUUAUGUACACUGAACAAAAAUAUAAAUGCAACAUGUAACAAUUUCAAAGAUUUUACUGAGUUACAAUUCAUAUAAGGAAAUUAGUCAAUUGAAAUAAAUAAAUGAGGCCCUAAUCUAUGGAUUUCACAUGACUGUGAAUAAAGGUAUGCAUCUGUUGGUCACAGAUACCAAAAAAAAAAAAAAAAAAAGUAGGGGCGUGAAUCAGAAAACCAGUCAGUAUCUGGUGUGACCACCAUUUGCCUCAUGCAGCGUGACACAUCUCCUUCGCAUAGAGUUGAUCAGGCUGUUGAUUGUGGCCUGUGGAAUGUUGUCUUCUUCAAUGGCUGUGUGAAGUUGCUGGAUAUUGGCGGGAACUGGAACACGCCAUUGUACACGUCGAUCCAGAUGAUCCCAAACAUGCUCAAUGGGUGACAUGUCUGGUGAGAAUGCAAGCCAUGGAAGAACUGGGACAUUUUCAGCUUCCAGGAAUUGUGUACAUGACCUUGCAACAUGGGGCCGUGCAUUAGCAUGCUAAAACGAGGUGAUGGCGGCGGAUGAAUGGCACGAUAAUUGGCCUCAGGAUCUCAUCAGGUAUCUCUGUGCCUUCAAAUUGCCAUCGAUAAAACGCAAUUGUGUUUGUUGUCCGUAGCUUAUGCCUGCCCAUACCAUAACCCCACCGCCACCAUGGUGCACUCAGUUUUCAAUGUUGACAUCAGCAAACCGCUCGCCCACACGACGCCAUCUGCCCGGUACAGUUGAUACCGGGAUUCAUUCGUGAAGACCACACUUCUCCAGCUUGCCAAUGGCCAGUGAGCAUUUGCCCACUGAAGUCGGUUACAACGCUGAACUGCAGUCAGGUCAAGACCCUGGGUCGGACGACGAGCACAAAUAAGCUUACCUGAGACGGUUUUGACAGUGUGCAGAAAUUCUUCAGUUGUGCAAACCCACAGUUUCAUCAGCUGUCCGGGUGGCUGGUCUCAGACGAUCCCGCUAGUGAAGAAGCCGGAUCUGGAGGUCCUGUGUUGGCGUGGUUACACAUGGUCUGCGGUUGUGAGGCCGGUUGGACGUACUGCCAAAUUCUCUAAAACGACGUCGGUAGAAAAAUUUACAUUUCAUUCUCUGGCAACCGCUCUGAUGGACAUUCCUGUAGUCAGCAUGGCAAUUGCACGCUCCCUCAACGUAAGACAUCUGUGGUAUUUUGUUGUGUGACCAAACUGCACGUUUUAGUGGCCUUUUCUUGUCCCCAGCACAAGGUGCACCUGUGUAAUGAUAUGCUGUUUAAUCAGCUUCUUGAUAUGCCACACCUGUCAGGUGGAUGGAUUAUCUUGGCAAAGGAGAAAUGCUCACUAACAAGGAGGUAAACUAAUUUGUGCACAAGCUUAAGCUUUUUGUACGUACGGAAACUUUAUGGGAUCUUUUAUUUCAGCUCAUGAAACAUGGGACCAACACUUUACAUGUUGCGUAUAUGUUUUUGUGCAGUGUAUUUUAUGUUACAGUAUAUUGAAGUCAUGGUUUAUCCAUUUCAAAAGAUCACACAUCAACCUUGGUUCUAGAGAAUUUCAGGGUGUGCAAGCCUUUAUUCGAAGACAGCACGAAAACACCUUAUUCAACUAAUCAAGGUCCUGAUGAUCAGUGGAUUAGAGUCCGCUUUUAAAGACAUACUGUUUUACCUCAAUUACUAGUUUGAUAGUGACUGUUUUUCUGGAAGCUGUGCUGCACCAUUUUCAUCAAUUGGGCCAGCCCCCUAGCAAUUUGAGUUCUAGACAAUGAUCUUCAGCCAUUUGAGUGACAGCUAGCAAGAUGCACACACAGCAGAGCGAGAGUAAUGACUUGGUGCACAUACUGUAUCUGCACAUAUGUGACGUAAUAUGCAAUUUUCAGGACCACUUAUUACUCGUGAGCUCUACUUUCAGAACUACUGGCUAAAAAGUAUACAAAAGUACCGGAGAAUCUCUAUAAGCCUGUAGCUCACCCUGUAAAUCUUGGAUCAGGAUUGGUAAUUACUGGCCUACCACAUAUCACAGUUAUUAGUCAUUGAUAAAUUGAUCUUACAUUUUAUGUUAACGGUAGAUUUAAGUCUAAAGCCACUGCCGUCAUCACCAUCGGCGCUCAGUAACCCUGGUGUCUCCUCAGGGUACGAGCGGUACAACGCCAUGCGGGCCGACCCAGAGCUGUGCUUCUUGGAGCUGGUGGGCAUGCCUGACGUCACGGCGCUCUCAGCCGAGCAGAGUGGAGGAGAGGUGGUGGCUGACCUCACUGACAGGCAAGAACCACCUCAGCCUUACCAUAGGGCACAAGUCUUAUUUGAAGGAUGGCAUACAGUAUUAUGAACAUCCCCAGUACCGAAUCUCAGGUGCUGUGUACGAAUGUGAAUGUCAACCGAUGUCUGCAUGCCCCAAAAUGUCAACCGAUGUCUGCAUGCCCCAAAAUGUCAACCGAUGUCUGCAUGCCCCAAUAUGUCAACCAAUGUCUGCAUGCCCCAAAAUGUAAUGUAUCAGCAAUACCUCAAUCUAGUUCCCCUAAAUACAUUAAUACAUCCUGGGUGGUCAAGCUGACUCUGGUGAUGGAGCAAGUGAUAUAA